AUGCGUUCUUUAGUGUUAAACCUACUAGUCUGUAUUUUACUUGUUAAAGUUACUAUCAGUGAAAAAAUUACUUUCGAAAAUGUGACAGUGCAGUGGUCUCUUAAUGACGAACUAGUAGAGUCGGUAGCUACAUCUGACGAUCUUAAGAAAAUCAUUCCCAAUAAAACCCAAGUGUCCGUGGAAAUCUUCGGACACGUUCCCAUCCUGUACGAAAAAUCGGUUUUUGAUGCACCUAAUUUGAAGACACUUGACUUGUCCAGCGUGGGUUUGGAAGAAAUCGAACCGGAAGCUUUUGGUAACUUACCACUUUUGGAAGAUCUCCUUCUUGCUUCGAACGACUUGACACAAAUCAAAACUGCUACUUUUACCAAUCUAAAUGUAUCGCAGGUAGUUUUGUCAUCCAACUCAAUCACCCUUCUAGAACCAGGAGCCUUCACGAAUUUCAAAGCUGAAUACGUGUCACUUGAUAGCAACAAACUCACUGAAUUUUCAAGUGGUGUCUUUGAAAACGUUACUCUUGGAACCUUGAGUUUGAAUCAUAAUCUUCUACACACCAUCGCACCAGGAGCUCUGUCUGCAAUUGGAUUGACAAGACUGAAGUUGUUUGGAAACAAUUUCGAGGAAAUUGAUCCGGAAAUUUUUGAUAUGCAAGAGUUAGUAUCACUCGAUUUGUAUUCAAACUCAAUCAAGCUUCUGCGACCUGCUGAUUUGAGAAACUUACCAGAGUUGAAGGAACUCUGGCUUUCGGAAAACCAAUUGGAAGAAAUCCCAGAAGGAGUUUUUAACAACACCAAACUCACCUACGUGUAUCUAGCCAACAACCAGAUUGCUAAAAUUGCUGGUAAAGCAUUUGAGGACAUGCCUGAGCUUAUAGUAUUGAGACUUGACUUCAAUAAGGUUACAGAUUGGGAUAAUAAUUGGUUGAGUGAGGCAAAAUCAAUUUCUGAAAUUUCAAUCAGUUAUAAUUUGAUUACUGAGAUUCCAGACGAAGUAUUAAAGAAUAAUUCUAAUGUGACCAAAAUUGAUGUCCAGGGGAAUAAAAUUAGGAAGAUUUCAACUAAGGCGUUUUAUAAAUUAGAACACAUUGAUCAUUUAAAUUUAGCCUAUAAUGAGAUUGGUAACUGGAAUCCAGAUUUACUGGCUGACUCGCUUGAUUCCAAGCUCCAGGUAGAUGUAGUAUACACUGAUUAUUCUAAGGCAUUUGAUAAAUUAAAUCAUGUAAUUCUAUUGGCAAAAUUAAGUAAUAUUGGUCUCUCUGUUUCAUUAGUUAAUUUAAUUGAAUCAUAUCUAGCUAAUAGGUUACAGUGUGUUACAUAUUGUGGACACGAGUCGAUAAAAAGACCUGUUCCCUCGGGGGUGCCUCAGGGCUACGUGCUGGGCCCUCUUCUGUUUAUUGUUUACAUUAAUGACAUUGUUAAGAACAUAAAAUCUAACGUUUUAAUAUAUGCUGACGAUCUUAAGAUUUAUAAAGACGUCUCAACCAUAGAGGACUGCAUCUUGUUGCAAGAUGAUUUAAAUAGGUUUCAUGAAUUUAGUUUGUCUAACUUACUCCCAGUGAACUAUAAGAAAUGUCACAUAAUGACCAUUACCAAUAAGUGCACACAAAUUCAAUUCGACUAUAAAUUAAACAACAUGAGUCUUGCUAGAGUGGAUACAUUUAAAGAUCUAGGCGUCAUUUUUGAUUUUCGGUCGUAUUUUUACAAAGGGGCACUAGAGACCCAAGCCACAUCUGUCAAUCUUAAAAAAAUGAUUCCUGACGAAGAACCAGUGAGGGUGGACAUCACCGGAGGCGUCCCCAUCUUGUACGAAAAAUCCGUUUUCGACAUACCAAAUUUGAACAGUCUCGACCUGGCUGACGUGGGUUUGGAAGAAAUCAAGCCCGGAGCUUUUGGUAAUUUACCACUUUUAGACACUCUUUUUUUGAAUCGGAAUAACUUGACACUAAUCAAAAGUGGUACUUUUACCGAUCUAAAUGUAUCAUAUCUGGAUUUGUCAUCCAACUCAAUCUUCCUUUUACAACCACGAGCCUUCAAGAAUUUCAAAGCUGGUCACGUGUCACUUGAUAAGAACAAACUCACUGAAAUUUCAAGUGGUGUCUUCGAAAAUGUUACUCUGAGAAGCUUAAGUUUGGGUGAUAAUCAUCUCUACAUCAUCGCACCAAAAGCUCUGUCUGCAAUUGGAUUGACUACAUUGAGUCUGUUUGGUAACAAACUCGAGGAAAUCGAUCCGGAGGUGUUUGAUAUGCAAGAAUUAGCAUCACUCGAUUUGGAUGAUAAUUCAAUCAAGCUUUUGCGACCUGGUGAUUUGAGAAACUUGCCCGUGUUGGAGGCGCUGAGUCUCGAGGAAAAUGAGUUGAAAGAAAUCCCAGAUGGUAUUUUCAACAACACCAAACUCACCUAUUUGAAUCUAGCUACAAACCAGAUUGUUAAAAUUGCGAGUAAAGCUUUUGAUGGCAUGUUGGCGCUUAGAGUGUUGAAGAUUGACUCCAAUAAUCUAACCCAAUGGGAUGAUUGGCUGACAUCACCGUUCGCUUCUAUCUCAGGGAAUCACAUCAGGAAGAUUUCAAAUAAAGCUUUUCGGAAAUUGGAACAGAUUCGUUAUUUUAAUUUGGCCGAUAAUGAGAUUGAUAACUGGGAUCCAGAUACAUUGGGGAAUGUUAGCAUUGUUAGUUUGGAUCUCAGUGGAAAUAGGUUAAAGUGUAUUAAAGGAGAUUUGGAAACAAUUUUCAAGAAUGUUCAAAAGAUAUGUUUGGAAAAUAAUCCUUGGAAAAAAGAGUGCGCUAAGAAGGUUGAGAAGUUUCAGAAAAAAAAGAACCGGAUACCGUAG